AUGCACUGGUUCGCACUGUUGAGGAGCAUGGCCACCAACCCCAGCACCCUCCUUGCCAUUCUAUCAAAUCUCCGAAAUGGGAUAUACUCCGACUUCGAGAUAAAAUGCCACCCAUCGACCUUCAAAGUCCAUCGAUGUAUCAUCUGCCCGCAGUCGCCAAUUUUUAAAAAGGCCCUGUGUGGGACGUUUCAGGAGGCGAAAACAAGAGUCGUUACUACCCACGACGAUCCCACGAUCAUCAGUAAGAUGAUCGACUAUUUCUAUCGUGGAGACUACGAUGAUACACCGGACAAGGAACACCCUGUCACUAAUCCCGAAUAUGAGCCUCCGACUACCAAAGCGCAUGUUAGUAUCGCAAUGUACAACGUUGCUGAUAAAUACGCCGUCGAGCCCCUAAUGGUCCUUGCGAAGAAGAAGCUAGAACACAGACUUACACUAGUUAGGGACAAUAAGGAAUUCAUCCGAACUAUCGAGAAAGUCUACGGACCGGAUAGUCCACAGAACUCCAAGCUGCGGGAUACAGUAGCAAGUUUCGCCGUGGAGCAUCUUGAUACACUGAAUGGGGUUUCAGAAUUUCACGAGACACGCAAGGAAUACCCACUAUUUUCAUACGACUUCUCGACAUUAUUGAUAGAUAAAAUAGCUCAUGUGGAGGGGAAAUUACGGUAUGUGAUCAGAUCAAUUAAAUCAACUUAA